AUGUGGAUCCUCACCAUUCUUACUUUGCUCCUGCUUUUCUUCUUCAAGUCAGGCCUGGCUCUACAGAUUCAGUGCUAUCAAUGCGAGGAGGUCACUCACGACUGCACCACUCCAGAGUUCGUGGUCAACUGCACCAUCAACGUGCAGGACAUGUGCCAGAACGAGGUGCUGGUGAAGGAAGAUGGAAUACACUACCGCAAGUCUUGCGCCUCCUCGGGAGCUUGUCUCAUCGCUUCCUCCGGCUACCAGCAGUUCUGCACGGGCAAGAUGAACUCAGUGUGCAUCACCUGCUGUAACACGUCACUGUGCAACGGACCACGCCACAAGAAAAGACCCCAAGCGUCUGCUUCCGUUAGCCUGACCGCGCCAUAUUUCACAGUUUUUGCACUCUUGGUCUUGCUCUCUUCACUCAACGCCAACAGUGGACUGUUUUAA